UGGAACAUCUCAUGGGAGUCAUCCUCCUUGCAUGCUACCUGCUCACCGUAUCUGGAAACCUCAUGAUCAUCAUGAUCAUCAUUCAUGAUCAUCACCUACACACACCCAUGUACUUCUUCUUAUGGAAUCUUUCCUGCUUAGAGAUUUUAAUUACAACCACUGUGGUGCCAAAGGUGCUGGCUAGUCUUCUGCUAGGCUUCACAACAAUUUCGUACCCAGCUUGCCUUUCUCAGUGCUAUUUCUUCUUCUUCUUAGGAAGCAGUGACUUUGUCCUAUUAGCAGUCAUGUCAUAUGACCGCUAUGUGGCCAUUUGCAACCCAUUGCGCUACACAUCAAUUAUGAGUACUCAGCUCUGCCCAUGGCUAGUCCUCGGAUCUUGUACUGUUGCCUUUUUGGCUACCAUCUUUCCCACCAUCCUGGUUAUAAAUCUACCUUUCUGUAACAACAAUAAUAUUGAUCACUUUUUCUGUGACAGUGUGGCCUUGAUGAAGCUGGCUUGUGCUGACACUAGUUUUGUGGAGCUACUGAGUUUCUUCUCAUCCUCAGUCACCGUGGUGGGAUCCUUUAUUUUCACAGUGGUGUCCUACAUUUACAUAAUAAAAACCAUUCUCAAGAUCCCGUCUGCCUCUGGGCGCCACAAGGCAUUCUCCACCUGUUCCUCCCACUUUAUUAUUGUCAGUCUUGGCUAUGGCAGCUGCAUCUUCAUGUAUGUACGGCCCUCAGGCAGCAACCCAUCAAUUAAUAAGAUGGUAUCUUUGAUCAAUACAGUGCUGACACCCCUGAUGAGUCCAUUCAUCUUCAGUCUGAGAAAUCAGCAGGUGAAAGCUGCCCUCAAGUCACUUUUUAUUAAGCAUGCAGUCUACUCAAAGAAUAACCCAAAGUUGGGAUAA